UGCUCAAAUCUCCAGACUGACCCCAGGGAACGCCCUGGUACGUGGAACCUAGGACUUAACAACUCCAAGGAAGGGAAUGUAGGAUUUGGGGAGGGACAGUGUCCCCACCUGCAAUUUCCGGUCAUUGACAAAGAUUUUAGGCCUCGCUGAGAGCCAGGGAUGCAUGAAUGCGUGGAGGGAAAUGAGUUGUAAACAGUGUGGGGAAACCUGGCUUCUCCAUGCUGCUUUGCUGCAGCUAAUAUGUUUUGCACCUGGGGUACAUCAUUUUACCUCUGUAAGCCUCAAUUUCCUAUCUGUAAAAUGGGAAAAUUAUGCCUAGUGUUCCUGGGGAUACUGAGCUGGCUUAUCUGUGAAGCUAAAACCUCACCUCUAUUUUAAGGCCCAGGUGUCUCUGGCCUCCUGCCCUGGAUUAGGGGAAUGGCCUCUGGGAUGGUGGAGAUCAGGGCCCCAACCCCCAACCAGGGUGCUGGCGGAGCUGUAUCAUAGACUUGGCCACCCUCGCUCUGGAUGACAACUUGGAAGCAGAAAAGAUGAGUUAUUUCAUAGGACCUGUGGGGUUGGAUUUCGCAUGCAGCAAAUGAACAGCGAAGUGGUGGAUAAGAGUGACCGACUCCUCAUCAAAGGUGGACGGAUCAUCAACGAUGACCAGUCCCUUUAUGCUGACGUCUACCUGGAGGAUGGACUUAUCAAACAAAUAGGAGAGAACUUAAUCGUUCCUGGUGGAGUGAAGACCAUUGAAGCCAACGGGCGGAUGGUUAUUCCCGGAGGUAUCGAUGUCAACACGUACCUGCAGAAGCCCUCCCAGGGGAUGACUGCCGCUGAUGACUUCUUCCAAGGGACCAGGGCGGCCCUGGUGGGCGGGACCACGAUGAUCAUUGACCAUGUUGUUCCUGAGCCUGGGUCCAGCCUACUGACCUCCUUCGAGAAGUGGCACGAAGCAGCUGACACCAAAUCCUGCUGUGAUUACUCCCUUCACGUGGACAUCACAAGCUGGUACGAUGGCGUUCGGGAGGAGCUGGACGUGCUGGUGCAGGACAAAGGCGUCAAUUCCUUCCAAGUCUACAUGGCCUAUAAGGAUCUCUACCAAAUGUCCGACAGCCAGCUCUACGAAGCCUUUACCUUCCUUAAGGGGCUGGGAGCUGUGAUCUUGGUCCAUGCAGAAAAUGGAGAUUUGAUAGCUCAGGAACAAAAGCGGAUCCUAGACAUGGGCAUCACGGGUCCCGAGGGCCAUGCCCUGAGCAGACCUGAAGAGCUGGAGGCCGAGGCGGUGUUCCGGGCCAUCACCAUUGCGGGCCGGAUCAACUGCCCUGUGUACAUCACCAAGGUCAUGAGCAAGAGUGCAGCUGACAUCAUCGCUCUGGCCAGGAAGAAAGGGCCCCUAGUGUUUGGCGAGCCCAUUGCCGCCAGCCUGGGGACCGAUGGCACCCAUUACUGGAGCAAGAACUGGGCCAAGGCUGCGGCGUUUGUGACUUCCCCUCCCCUGAGCCCGGACCCCACCACGCCGGACUACUUGACCUCCCUGCUGGCCUGUGGGGACUUGCAGGUCACAGGCAGCGGCCACUGUCCCUACAGCACUGCCCAGAAGGCGGUGGGCAAGGACAACUUCACCCUGAUCCCCGAGGGUGUCAACGGGAUAGAGGAGCGGAUGACCAUCGUCUGGGACAAGGCGGUGGCUACUGGCAAAAUGGAUGAGAACCAGUUUGUCGCUGUCACCAGCACCAAUGCAGCCAAGAUCUUUAACCUGUACCCAAGGAAAGGGCGGAUUGCUGUGGGCUCGGACGCUGACGUGGUCAUCUGGGACCCCGACAAGGUGAAGACCAUAACAGCCAAAAGUCACAAGUCGGCAGUGGAGUACAACAUCUUCGAGGGCAUGGAGUGCCACGGCUCGCCACUAGUGGUCAUCAGCCAGGGCAAGAUCGUCUUUGAAGAUGGAAACAUCAACGUUAACAAGGGCAUGGGCCGCUUCAUUCCGCGGAAGCCAUUCCCGGAGCACCUCUACCAGCGCGUCAAAAUCAGGAAUAAGGUUUUUGGAUUGCAAGGGGUUUCCAGGGGCAUGUAUGACGGUCCUGUGUACGAGGUGCCAGCUACACCCAAAUAUGCAACUCCCGCUCCUUCAGCCAAAUCUUCGCCUUCCAAACACCAGCCCCCGCCCAUCAGAAACCUCCACCAGUCCAACUUCAGCUUAUCAGGUGCCCAGAUAGAUGACAACAAUCCCAGGCGCACCGGCCACCGCAUCGUGGCGCCCCCUGGUGGCCGCUCCAACAUCACCAGCCUCGGUUGAACGCGGAUGCGCAGAGGAGCUAGCGUGAAGGAUUCUGGGAAUCAUGUCCAUCCCUUUUCCUGUCAGUGUAUUUGAAACCCACAGUUUUAGUUGGUGCUGAUGGAGGGAGGGGGAAGUCGAAGGAUGCUCUUUCCCUUUUCUGUUUAGGAAGAAGUGGUACUAGUGUGGUGUGUUUGCUUGGAAAUUCCUUGCCCCACAGUUGUGUUCAUGCUGAAUCCACCUCGGAGCAUGGUGUUUUCAUUCCCCCUUCCUAGUGAACCACAGGUUUUAGCAUUGUCUUGUUCUGUCCCUUCCACUUCUAACUCCACUGGCUCCAUGAUUCUCUGAGUGGUGGUUCCUUUGCACCCUGUAGAUGUUCUAGGAUAGUUGAUGCAUGUUACUAAAUUACGUAUGCAAGUCUGUGAGUGCGUCUGAGGGGACAUCGCCAAGGACUGACUGAGACACGAUGCCGAGACCUCAAGCCCUGAGGGACAGUCCCAAACCUCUUGCAGUGAAGAUGUUUACUCAUUGCCCCCACCUCUGGUCCACACUAGAAAGCAGCUCGCCCCACCCCCACCCGUGAGAUCCGUGAAUUCUCGGAAUGGCAGGGGAAGCCUUGCACUAGGUUGCAAAGAAGCAUCCUCCACAUCCUGUGUCAGAAACCCUGGUCUCCGUGGCACUUGUAACUCACCGUGCUGUCUUCUGGUCUGUGUGUGUUCUUCAAGCCAGCUCUAGGCUUCAGGCCGAGCCAGGUUCACACUCAGAAAGAGGUCUCCCCAUCCCCAUUCGGGGCUGACAAUGGGGGGGUGAUGGCUGCCCCUGGGUGGCCUGAGUCCUGGUCCCUCCGAGGCAGUUGAUGGGGCAGUCAGAUUUUUAAAGUUUUGUACAAAGUUUUCCUUUGUAAUCACUCCCAUUUUUACUUAACAACCAACUUGUUGUGGCUCUUAUUUCUGAAUUCAAAGCUUGUGAAAAAAUAAAGAAAAUGAACUGCCCACUGA